AUGAUUCUUCCGGCUCUGAGCAGCAGUCUGUACAAGAGUGUAUCGCCUUAUGGCUCUCUCAAUAACAUUGUGGAUGGGUUAAGCUCCCUCACUGAGCAUUUCUCUGACCUGUCCCUUUCUUCAGAAGCCAGAAAACCCAGCAAGAGGCCACCUCCUAACUACCUGUGCCACCUCUGCUUUAACAAGGGACACUACAUCAAAGACUGCCCACAGGCUCGUCCAAAAGGAGAAGGCCUGACUCCAUACCAGGGCAAGAAACGCUGUUUCGGUGAAUAUAAGUGCCCCAAAUGCAAGAGAAAAUGGAUGAGUGGAAACUCCUGGGCCAACAUGGGACAAGAAUGUAUUAAGUGCCACAUUAAUGUUUAUCCUCACAAACAGAGACCCCUGGAAAAGCCGGAUGGCCUGGAUGUUUCAGAUCAGAGCAAAGAACAUCCCCAGCAUCUGUGUGAGAAGUGCAAAGUUUUGGGCUACUACUGCCGCCGUGUGCAAUAAACCUUCGAAGUGGCCUCUUCCCGUCCCCAUCAUCCUUAAAGAUCUUCUGGCAGCAUGCGAUCAACAGCAACACAGCAAAUUAAGAUAAAAGCUAAAAUAAUUGCCGAUAUUGCCUAUCUAAUAAUAUGCCUUACCAUUAGUAGAAUGUAAUAUUUCUCCUGUGCAUGCACACACAUGCAACAGGUACUUAAAGGACUAUGAUUUGUAUACAUACAUAUAUAUGUAAAUUUUUAUAUAUAUAUAUGUACACAUACAUACAGAAAGCAUUGCUGAUAGUGUUCACAACAGAACCAUGGUUACAGGUUCUGCUGAUUGUUUACACAGACCCUAUAUUGUGGCCCAGUGAAAUGAAGUACUAUUCAAUAGGCAAGGUAUAAUAUUCACAAGAAAUAUAUUCUAAACGUAUGGCUUUUGCAGAGGUUAAAUAACUGUGGGGCCACUAACUGCAAGCACUCACCCACAACAUGAACAUUAUUCCUAUUAUAUGACAAGACAAAGGAAGAUGAAACACGCCACAGCAUAAAUUAAGGUAAAUUAUUAUUUUCCCAGUUUUGGAAGGUGUGAGAGCUUUGUGCUGCCAAUUUCUUGGACUUUUUCUAUUUGUUACGAUCGCUUGGGCAGGGCUUAGGCAAAAUAAUUUUUGCAGAAUGUG